AUGUAUUUCUGUUCAUUCGCCGCUGUUGCGGCCCUUGCUACACUGGCUGUCGCUGCUCCUACCAACCUCCAGCGUCAUGUCCUUCACCAGCGCCGUGCGCCAUCAGAGAACUGGAUCAAGCGCGAGGCAGUGCAUCCAGAUGUCAAGCUGCCCAUGAGGAUUGGUCUCUUUGGCCAGAACUUAGACAAGGGUCAUGAACUUCUCAUUCAGGUCGCCGACCCAGACUCCAAGAACUUUGGCAACUUCUACAGCGCCGAAGAGGUCCAUGACCUGUUCGCUCCUGCAGAGUCGAGUGCUCAGGCUGUGAAAUCUUGGCUGGAGAAGGCAGGCGUUCACGGCGAUCGUAUCUCGCAAUCUGUCAACAAGCAAUGGGUUCAGCUGGACUUGAGCACUUGGGAGGCUGAGAAGCUUUUGCAGACCAAGUACCAUUUCUUCGAGCAUGCACCGACUGGAAAGACCACGAUUGGCUGUGAUGGAUACCACGUUCACGAGGAUGUCUCUGAGCACAUUGACUACAUCACUCCUGGCACCAAGCUUCUUGCCACACGCAAGCCGAAGCCUGGCGAUAUCGAGAAGCGAUCAUUCGGCUGGGGCAAAGUUGGAACCACGCCACCACUCCUCAAGGCACUGCCAAUCUCGAUAAACAGUCUCCUCAGCAACCCACUGUUGGCCCUUUGCGACACCAUCAUCACCCCAGACUGUAUCAUGGCCAUGUACAACAUUACUAAGGCGACCAGCGCCCAACCUGGCAACGAGCUUGGAAUCUUUGAAGACCUGGGUGACUACUACGCGCAGACUGAUCUUGACGAGUUCUUCGCCUUGCUACAGCCUCGCAUUCCACUUGGCACCCAUCCGAAGCUGGAGGGCAUCGACGGAGCCCAGGCCCCUACCAAUGUUCUUAACGCCGGUGCUGAGUCGGAUCUCGACUUCCAGAUCAGCUAUCCACUUAUCUGGCCACAGAACUCGAUCUUGUUCCAGACUGACGACCCAGUCUACGAGGCCAACUACACCUUCGAGGGUUUCUUGAACAACUUCCUCGACGCCAUCGAUGGAUCAUAUUGUUCGUACUCGGCGUUCGGUAUCACUGGUAACAGCCCAGGCCUUGACCCGCCCUACCCGGAUCCAGCUCCAGGAGGCUACAAAGGCCAGCUGCAAUGCGGUGUUUACAAGCCAACUAACGUCAUCUCCGUCUCGUACGGUGGCCAGGAAGCGGAUCUUGACGCCAACUACCAGAAGCGCCAGUGCAACGAAUACAUGAAGCUGGGCAUGCAAGGUGUCUCCAUUCUCAUUUCCUCUGGUGAUUCUGGUGUUGCUGGACCGGCUGGCGAUGACAGCGAAAACGGAUGUCUCCAAGGUGGCACAGUCUUCUCGCCUGACUUCCCGGCUUCCUGCCCAUACGUUACCGCUGUUGGCGCCACUCUUUUGGUUGGAGACGCGAAGAAGGACGAGGAGACUGCAGUCACGAGGUUCCCGAGUGGAGGAGGAUUCAGUAACAUUUAUUACCCUGCACCAGAUUACCAGACGGCGGCGGUCAGUACUUACUUCGCCACCGCUGGCGAUCAGUACCCCUACUAUACCAACGGCCAAUACGACGGCAAGGGCAUCUACAACCACAACGGCAGAGGCUACCCAGACGUCAGCGCAGUCGGAGACAACGUCCUCAUCUUCAACAAGGGUGCCCCAACUCUCAUUGGCGGUACAAGUGCCUCCUCGCCAGCCUUCGCCGCUAUCUUGACCAGAAUCAACGACGAGAGGAUUAAGGCUGGUAAGAAGACGAUCGGGUUCGUCAACCCAACUCUCUACAAGAACCCGCAGGUUCUGCAUGAUAUUACGGUUGGCACUAACCCUGGCUGCAACACGACCGGAUUCACUGCUUCCAAAGGAUGGGAUCCUGUCACUGGUUUGGGUACGCCUAAUUACCCGGCUAUGUUGAAGCUUUUCAUGUCGUUGCCAUAA